AUGUCUUAUAGCCAACUUCAAGACGUUCCGACCAACCAACCCUACAUUCACGCGUCUACCAGCUGGCCUGCAGACCCAUAUCCCCCGUGGUUGCAGGUUCUAAUGCAGGAUACCCGCUUCCUGACACACAUCGCCUUCCCAGAGACGCUGGAUGCCCCCUUUUCCUUCCAUGUUUCGUCACAGAGGGCCGCCAGGUCGACAACCAUUCGACGCGCCAGAGCACCAUCAGCUUCUAUUCGCGUUCGCGGCGACUAUGGAAGUGCAUCUCGAAGGCGCUACAGAGCUAGUACACGCCACGCGACAAUGUCUCGCAAGCCGCUUCCUGCGUCAUUUUACCCACAACGCGUUGUUUCUUCUUCAUAUCCUCGCGUCCCGUACCAAUCUGGCCCAAGUCCUGUCCAUCUCCAACGCAAGCCUGGAAAUUGGAGGCGUGGUUAUGUCCCUCCGUCCCGUGGAGGCUUGCGUCGGUAUAUCAGCAAGAUAGGCUCCUUGAUUCGCCAUCCAUCUUCGCCUCGUUUACCUUACCGCCUCAAUCCUCUCCUGGUAUAUCGUCCCCACAAUCCAGUUCAAGUCAGCUACAAUCUUCGAUUCCAGCCCUUCCCAGAAUACGGCCUCCAAUUUCCGGCCCUUAACCGUCCACCGAACCCUCUCGACCUCUUCCAGCUCGCUACCUCACCUCCAACAUUCCGAAUGAUUCUCUGGCACCGCAAGCUCCCAUGGUAUGUCAAGAUCGAAGCAAGCACUCUCAAUGGUAUCACCGUCCAAGACGUCCUUUCUGGGAUGUACCAGUCCUUGAGGCGCCCCAUCGGCCAGCAUGAGUACUACACGAACGCGCUUUCCUCGGCAGACAGGGAGAUGCUCAGUGUCGCCUUCCAGCAGAGGUGCCGUGGUGACGCGAAGGAGAUCGCAGGUGGAGUGAGGAGAGUCGACUUCUUGGGACGCGAGGUGGGCUUCGUCGGUUUGGCGAGGAGUCGGAGGGGGAUGUGGGAGAUCAAGACAGUCGAGCCUCUGCGACCGAGGAUGAUUAUUGAGUGA